AUGCUCAGGUGCGUGCAGCGGCUGGGGGCGCUGGUGGGUCCCAUCGUGCUGGGCCAGUUCCUCGCCGACAUGGUCACCAUCAGCGCCGCCACCUUCGUGGCCACCGUCUCGGAAGCGGACUCGGUGUGGCUGCUCAAGUUCUCGUCCUACCUGCUGGCCAUCGCCGAGCAGCUGCUCCUCUACUGCUGGUUCGGCAGCGACGUCGCUACUGAGAGCGAGCGCCUGCAGCUGGCCGCCUACAGCAGCGACUGGACGGCGGUGCCCGCGCGCUUCCAGAAGGACCUCUGCAUCCUGCUCAGCCGCGGGCACCGGCCGCUGCGCCUCGCCGCCUACAAGUUCUACACCAUCUCCAGGGAGACCUUCCUCAUGCUGAUGAACACAGCCUUCUCCUAUUACGCCGUCCUGAGACAGCUGAACGGCAACUGA